AUGAACGAGGCGAAGGUGGCCAAUAUCCUUUCCUACCUUGACAGUGCUGCCGAGACGCGGUGCGAGGUGCAAAACAUGCGAGACGGCACACUCGCUACCAGUCUCUCCAGCGCAGUGCCGCUCACGUCGUCAGCGCUGCAGCACAUCACGGCCAGCUCGCCGGCACCGUCAUCCAUUGGUGCCUCGCCGAACGGAACCCCGACCCGCCUCCACGCACCGCCGCUACGAUCAGUAUCGCCGCCAUCUGUUGGUGUAUCGGCGGUGCCCGUGUCGUGGAUUACCGGCGGCGGCGCCGAGUCUGCCCAGAACACAUACCUCGGUAUCAAGAAGCGUAUUGAGGGCAUGCAGUUCGAGAAUGAGCAGCUUCGCCGCGACAAUGCUGAGCUCCGUAGUCGCCUCCAGCAAUGGCGUGCCGAGGAGGCACACCGCAAGGAGGAGAUGCGCGAGUCUGUACAGGGCGAGAUAGACGAUCUACGUACGUCUCAUGCGAAGGAACGCAAGCGCUUAAAGGCGGAAAAUGAGAAGCUGGCAAAGGCCAAGGAAGAACUGACGUGCGAGGUAGACAAACUUACGGUGAGGCUGCGCAACGAAGCGGCGAAACACGCUGAGGACACUCGGCGACUAGAAGCGACAAACGCAGCAGCCCUGUCGUCUUUGCGCACCAAAUGGGCUGCGCAGGAGAAGGUGAACCGCGAGAAGUGGCGGCUGGCGGAGGCGAAACGCAUCAAGGAAUCGACGCUGCAGUCCCUCGAGCCAGAUAUUGUGCUGCUGCUGAAUCGGCACAAAGCUGAGAAAGCGCGGCUGCGCGAGGAGUACGAAAAUGAAUUGCGCCAUCGAGACGAGAUCAUCGCUGCCAAAGAUGCCUCCGUAGAGGAGUUGAAGUCGAAGCUACGGCGGGAGGCGGAGGAGCUGCUCAGCCGCGAGCAGGAGGCUGUGCGAGAUCGCCUCCGCGACGAGAGCGAACGCAUUCAUCGACAGCUCGAGGAGGAGCGCCGUCUUGAGCAGCGAAGGCGCGAGCAUCUAGAGCACCACUUUGAGGAUCAGAAGCUCACGUUGCAACGAGAGAUCGAGCGACUUGGGAAGGAGGUGCUGCGCCUGCAGAGCGCACAGACAACGGAGCAGGCCUCCUUCCACGAGGCGGUGACAACGGAGGUGGCGCGCAUCACAGGCGAGAUGAACGAACGCAUGACGAACCUAAAGGAGAAGCUGAUGCUGGAGUUCGCAAACCGCGAGAAGGACGCACGGGAGGAAAACCAGCGCUAUUUACAAGCAAAAGAGGCGGAGAUGCGCAAGAAGUGCGAGCUGGAGCGCGACGCAGCGGUAACCAAGGUGGUACAGCGGCUCGAGGAGGAGCACCUGCGCGCUUUGGAGUCUGCGAGGGGUAGUGAUGGGAUGCUGCGGGAGCGCUACAUACAAGUUACGCGUGAAAAGGAGCGACUGCAAGUGGAGCUUGACCUCGUCCAGGAGCAGCUAAGCACCGCCCUCGAGGCCAACCGCAGCAAAGCCGAGGAGCUGCAGCGCAUUCAAGAUAUGACAAACCUCUCGGAACAGCACAUAAGCGCCAUCGAGGACAAGGUACGCUCCGAGUACACGAAGCGCAUGAGCAUACUGGACAACGAAUGGCAGAAGAAGCUUCACGAGUUCGAGACCCAGCACGUGAAAGAGGUAUGGGAGCUACAGCAGCGCCACAGCACCGCAGUGCAGGAGGUGGCUCGCCUGAAGUCUGAGUUUGAGAUGGAGAAGAAAUCCUUGGAGCAGCGCCACCAUGCAGAGCUAAGUCAGAUCAACGAGCGCGUCCUCGUGGCCAUCACGAAGAAGGAGAACACAAUCCACCAUCAGUCCGAGCAGCUGUUGAGCUUGCAGGAGGCUGUCAGUCUUCGAGACCAAGAGCUGCAGCGACAUCGCCAGCUGCUGCUGUGA